AUGACGCAUGUUACAAACGGACCAGCUACUGGUUCGUCCAUCACGAGAAUAGAGGAGCUACCAGUUCCAAACUAUGGUGAUCCUAAAAAAGCUAUCGAAGAAAUAGUCAAGCAACUUGGAGAUGACAAAGUCAGUUUCGUCAAGAGCGACUUGGAUAAUCAUAGUGAUGCCUACUUUUCGAGUGACCAUGCCUCCGAGGAACAAAGACCUAAAGCAGUGUUUUACCCUGAAACCACGGAGGAAGUUUCCUUCAUUUUGAAAACCACGCACAAGUAUCGUGUUCCUGUCGUGCCAGUUACGGGAAGAACAUCCUUGGAGGGUAAUUUCAUACCAACCAGACAGGGAAUAUGUGUUGAUAUUGCUAGAAUGAAUAAAAUCUUGGCUGUCCAUGAGAAGGACCUCGAUGUUACGGUUGAAGCUGGUGUUGGCUGGCAGGAUCUUGACAAAUACCUCAAAGACUACAAUCUUCUCUUUGGACCAGAUCCAGGUCCAGGUGCUCGUAUUGGAGGUAUGGUUGCAACAUCAUGUUCAGGCCCAAGUGCAGCCAGAUGGGGAACCAUGAAAGAAAACGUUAUUGGCUUGACAGUGGUUCUUGCCGAUGGAACGAUAAUCAAAACCAAGAAAAGACCUAGAAAAUCGUCAGCCGGAUACAACUUGAAUGGAUUGUUUAUUGGCUCUGAGGGAACACUUGCAGUGGUUACCGAAGCAACUCUUAGAUUGAACGUGAGACCUAAAGUCACAAACGUUGCUCUUGUUUCAUUCCCAAAAGUCUCUGAUGCUGGUAAGGCAGUGGCAGGAUUUGUCCAGGAGGGACUUCAGUUGGAUGCUAUGGAGCUACUUGAUGAUACCAUGAUGCAUUAUGUUAAUGUUUCGGGAAAGACUUCCCUUAAGUACGAGGAACUUCCUACUUUGAUGCUUAAGUUUGGAGGCCCAUCCAAGGAGAUUAUUGACUACCAAGUCAAGGCUGCUCAAAAGAUUUGCCAGACUAACAACAGUCAGAAGUAUUUGUUUGCUCGUUCGGAGAAAGAGGAGCAAGAAAUUUGGGGUGCAAGAAAAGUGGCAUUACUUGCAACUAUUGAUUACGGAAGAAAGAAUAUCGAUAAAGACAUCCAGGUCUGGGCUACAGAUGUUGCGGUUCCAAUAUCACAUUUAUAUCAAAGUCUUCAGGAAACCAAGGAGGAGCUACAAAAAUUAGGAAUUGCCGGCUCUAUCGUUGGUCAUGUCGGAGAUGGUAAUUAUCAUGCAAUGAUUCUCUUCAAGAAGGAAGAGCGCGCAAAAGUAGCUGUGGUAGUUGAACAUAUGAUGGAACGUGCUUUGGCCGCCGACGGUACUGUUACUGGUGAGCAUGGUGUUGGUUGGGGGAAGAAGCAUUACCUUCAGGAGGAAGUUUCAGAGGAGACAUUGGCCUUAAUGAGAAGAAUUAAAAUUGCUUUGGAUCCUUACAAUCUUCUUAAUCCUGAUAAAGUAUUUGACAUGGAUCCGGCACUUUUCGAGAAUUGA